CCAGCUGCAGAGCUCACUCAUGUUUUCCUUCCGCACUGUGCAAACUGCUAUUCGCAGCAGCCUGCUUCCUCUAUUGAGGCUUAUUUUGAAGAAUAGGAUAAGAACCCUUCCCUUGUUCCGCUGGUUAUUCUAUACUGUUCCAGUUUCGUAGACGGGGUGUUUCUGUGGGUGUUCUUUCUAGCUUGCAGUGUGUGUGUAAUCUUUCAGUGUUAUGAUAAAAAUCCUAGUCUAGUGCAGACUUAGUUUCCUACUGCGUUUAUAAGUUGUGGAUUAUUUUAAUGGCUUUAAUGUCUGGAAUUUCCUGAGACUGUGGAAGAAUAGGUAUUGUACUGCUUUUUAACCAAUUUUGCUCAUAUAUAAAAUUUCAUAAAACUGUUCACUUCUGUGCUUUUAAGCUAUGGCAUGAAGUUGUUUAUUUAUUCUCCAAAUCCUUGCUUUCUGAAGUCCUUGUUCAGUUAAUGAAUUGCUCUUACUUUUCAUGACAAGUCAAAUAUUUUUGGUUAUGCACUUUAAAUUUGGAUGGCUUGUCUGUGCUUUCUAUCCAUGUGUGAUGGUUUACUGUACAGUCAGUAAGAGCUAUGAUUUGAACUUGCACUUGUUUGUGGACUUGUUAGAGAUCCCAUUAUGAUCUCAACCACUGGUCUGGUUUUCACCACUGAAAGUUGCGUAUUGUAUCCCUGGUGCAUCGUGGAGAACUUGCUGUUUAUCGCCGAAGAAUUAUGGAGGAGAGCUGUUGUGAAUGAUGUUUAAAAAUUGGGAUAAGAAAGCGGAGUUGUGAAUCCAGAAGUACUACAGAUUAAAUACAUCACGAAGUAGCAGGGCAGCGGAUUUGCUUUCUCAAGACAUGAAGGUGCUGUAUGAAAAUUCUGCCCUUGAAUUCUCCAUGCUUUUUUGGCACUGUCCUUGCAUCUGUUGAGAAGACACGUUGUAAAGUGUUCUGGGUCUGGCUGGGAUGGAGUUAACGUUCUUCACAGCAGCCCAUACAGUUGUUUGGAUUUGUGGCUAAAGGAAUGUUGACAACACAUCGGUGUUUUGGCUGUGGCUGAACAGUGCUUGCACAGUAUCAAGGCUUUAUCGAUGUUCCCUACUCUGUUCCUGCAGUGAGUGUGCUCAGAGUAGGUGCGAAGCUGGGAGGGAACAUGGCUGGGACAGCUGACCCAAACUCACCAAAGGGAUAUCUGUGACAUGUAACAUCAUGCUGGGCAACAAAAACGGAGGUAGAGGAAGAAGUAUUUAAAUGGUUUUGGUUUCUAUCUUGGCUCCCCAGGCAGUUGUUAUUUGGAGGAAGGCUGGACAUCAGUCAGCCUGUGGGAGGUGGUGAGUGAUUUCCUUUGUUUUGUGUUUUUCUUUCCACCAAGGAAACUGUCUUUAUCUUGACCCACAAGUUUUCUCGACUUUGUUCUUUCCCAUCCCACUGAUGGGAGGAGGAGUGAACAAUCAGCUGUGUGGGUGCCUGGCUGCUGGCUGGGGUCGACUCACCACAAAAGCACAGAGAACAGAUGGUCUUCAGUGAAGUUUGUAAAUGGGCAGUUGUUUUCGGUUUGUUGUGCUUACGGAGUACUGGUGCAGAAGUGACAUGGAGUCUGUUAGUGACAGAAUUGGGGCUUUGCUCUUGUUUUGCUAUGUUCAGGUGGAGUGGCAGUAAUGGUUGUUGGUAGGUUACUCGUUAUCAGGAUGUGGUGCUUUACAGAGCAGGGUUUGUAGAAGGAGUGUUUGCAAAUGCUCAGAGCAUUGGGCUGUUGUGUUUGUUUUAAAGGGAUGCAGUCAUUUGCUACAGAGGCUUGUGUUUGUUCUGAGAAUAUUGUCCUAUUUAUUGUGUGAUGGUGGAAAAUGUUGAAAAUCAGGGUAUGUUAAGUCAGUGUAUUAGAGGUUCUCUUGUUCUUAUGUUUGAAAGGCAGUAGAGUAAGGAUUUAGGGAAAAUACUGAAGUUGGCUUGGUAAAUUCAGGUACAUUCUGAAGUUUCUCCUUGGAUAUUUUUGCUCUUUCAUUUGAUGGGCUUCACUGUGUAUGUUAAGUGCAGUGUUGGACUGGUGAGUAGCAUACUCUUGUGAAGUUUGAAUCCAGGUGGAUUUCAGAAGAAUGGACAUGUCAUGUAAUCCUGAGAUGGACCUAAGCACCUUCCAAGAACUCAGUUGAGAACUGUUCCCUCGAUACACUGUCUGUUUCAUUGCAACAGUUCAGUGUGGCACAAUUGAUGACCAAGUAAUCUCAUCGUAUUUUCAUCGUUUCCAGAAGCCAAAUUAUGAAUUUCUUUUGCUUCUAAAAUGGAAACAGAAAGACGUGUGCAUGGCAUCUUGGAACAUGGAAGGAGUUCUUCACAUGGUUAAGUUGAUUUUACAGAAUUUAUCAGGUCUCCAAAGCAGAAACAGGUAAGCUGUCAAAAGCUUAACACUUCUCACUGAGUAUUGUGACAAGAUCAUACACAGCCUUUUUUCCUCACAGACUUGUGGCUGGCAACUAGGAUAUGCUUGUGGCCACUGCAGUUAAUACUCUGACUACGCCAAAGAGACAACAUUUUUGAAUGCUGAGAAAACAUACAUUAUUGAACAGAACUGAUCACUGGGUAGAGCAACUUGUCAAAGCAGUAAAGUCAUCAUUGUUUGUUUGUGAGUUACUUCAUUUUCCAGUGACAUAGUUAUUCUUUUUCCUUUCUCCUUUUAUCAAUUAGUGUCCUGAUCAAAAGUAAACCGGAUUUUUUUUGUUCCUUAGGAGUGGGCAGAGAUCUCUGGCACAUAGUAACUAUGCUGUGAAAGACUUGAGGUGUUCUUUAGGUAUUGUGGAUGGUGAGGAGUGGCUUAGGUGGAUUUUGUUGCCCUUAGGGUAGGGAAUAUUGAUAGAUUUGUGCACAAGUGCCGGUGGAGUAGCUAAUUCUUCUGACUAAUCAACAUUCAGUGAAUUGUUUUAAUCUUGUUCCAGUGAACUUGUGGGUUUUUUCAUACCUUCUCUCUUGAUGAGACAAGGGCAUUCAUUAAAAAGGCUCUAGCUUAAGUGAUAAGAUACUGUAAUAGCUGAGUACUAAAGACGUGCUAUCAUGUGUGCCUUUUUGUCUGCAGGUGAUUUUUGCUGUGGGUUGAGCUCAGCAUGGCUGUAGUCAUCCGUUUACAGGGGCUUCCUGUUGUUGCGGGUCCUCCAGAUAUUCGUCGUUUCUUCUUGGGAUUGAAUAUUCCCGAUGGAGGUGUGCAUAUUAUUGGAGGAGAGAUUGGGGAGGCUUUUAUUAUAUUUGCCACAGAUGAAGAUGCACGGCGUGCCAUGAGCUGUUCGGGAGGGUUUAUCAAGGACUCGCGCAUAGAGCUCUUUCUCAGCAGCAAGGCAGAGAUGCAGAGUACCAUAGAAAUGAGCCGGAAACGAUUUGACCGUGGGGGACGAGAAACUAUGUCUGGCUCUAGAAGAACAGGUACUAAUGGUUCUAGUGCAUCAAGUAUUGGAGAUAUACCACAUUUAGUUACAGCUUCUCCAAAAGGAAUAAGAAAGCCUAGUUACGGGCCACCAAAUCGCCUGGAGGCUGGGUUCCAUACCAACGGCACAAGAUACGGUGAUAUGGGUAUGCCUAAGUCAAACUAUCAGUUGAGAAAGGAUUGCCACCCGUUUAACCCGGAUGAUCGUUACCUGUUUCUGCGUGGUAUACCUUACUCUGCCACAGAGAUGGAAGUACGUGCUUUCCUUUCGGGGAUUCGCGUGGAUGGAGUGAUUCUGAUAAAGCACCGUAAUGGUUUAAACAAUGGUGAUUGCUUGGUAAGAUGUGCUACACCCGGUGAUGCCUUAGAGGGACUUAAACGUCACAGACAAUACAUGGGUCAGAGGUUUAUAGAAAUCAGUCCCACUACAGAGGAACGGUGGAUGGAAUGCGGUGGGCGGAUAGACGUGCCAGAUGAAAUGGAUGACUUUUUGUGUGAAGACCAUUCUCCGAGAAGUUCGGGCUACAUGCAUUCAAGGAAGCAUUCUCGUUCAAGAUCACCAAGGAGACAAAGAACACAUUCUCGUUCCUCUCCCAGCCAGGAAUAUUACAUACACUUAAGAAAUCUGUCUUUUAAUGUGGAAAAGAGAGAUUUGAGAGAUUUUUUUCCUGAAUUAGAUAUACACAGCAAACAGAUUAAGAUUCUAACAGAUAAGCAUCAGAAAAGGACUAGAGAUGCCUUUGUGGUGUUCAGGAGUGAGAGAGAAUAUCAGGCUGCCUUGGAAUGUCAUAGAAAGGUUCUUCUCAAUCGUCCUGUGUACAUUUUUCCAAUUUCAAGAAAGUCAAUGUUGAAAAUAAUUGACUCUUGUGAGAGGAAAAGAUCACCGGACAGAGAUCAUCUUGGACAGGCCAUAUCAGAAAAAAGUUACCGGGAAGGUCAUUCCAGCCCUAAGAAUUGCGUUUAUGUAAGGAAUUUUCCGUUUGAUGUGUCAAAAAUUGAAGUGCAGAAGUUCUUUUCAAGAUUUGAUAUUGACGAAGAUGAUAUUUACUUGCUCUAUGAUGAAAAAGGAGUUGGACUGGGAGAAGCACUAGUGAAGUUUAAAUCUGAAGAACAAGCUAUGAAAGCAGAAAAUUUAAACCGCCAAACAUUUUUGGGAACAGAAGUGUUAAUAAGACUUAUAUCUCAAGAUCAGAUGCAGAAAUUUGGUGUCGCUGCAUCAUUAUCUGCACCAAAUGAAAUGCAUGGUCAUUCACAUCCGUAUGACAGAGGUGACCUCUCCCGUCCAGUUGGUUCACCAUCUGGGCCACCACAAGGGCCACCCAUGCAUUCUUUUGGUCCCCCUGGGAACUUCAGGCAUCAUUCUGAAUUCAGACAUCCCCCUGAGGACUUCAUGUGCCCUCCUAAGGAUUUUAGGGGUCCACCACCCCUCAUGGAUUUUGGUGGUGACGGUGAACCUUUUGGCAGAAUGGAGUUUGGGAAUAAUAAAAUGGGAAAUUUUCCGGAAGGAAGAUUUAUGCCAGAUCCAAAUUUCAGUGGUGGUUCUGAACGUGUUGUUCCUAUUCUGUUGAAAAAUUUACCUUUUAAGGCUACUCCUAAUGAGAUUCUGGAUUUUUUCUAUGGCUAUAGAGUGAUACCGGAGUCAGUUUCUGUGCAGUACAAUGAACAAGGAUUACCUUCUGGUGAUGCCAUUGUUGCUAUGACAAACUAUGAGGAAGCUAUGGCUGCUAUUAAUGAACUGAAUGAUAGGCCCAUUGGUCCACGGAAAGUUAAGUUGAGUUUGCUGUAAAGGAGGAAAAGAUCCUCUAAUAACACAUUCUAGGUUUGACAGUAUUGACAGUUAUUUUAACUUUUAAUUACUGGAAGAUGCAAAACAGUUUCCAUCAACGGUUGUAAAUAAUACCCGGUUCAGUUGUUUAGCUCUUGGUUGGAAAUACCUGUAGGACAUUGAAUGUCUUACAUGAAGGUAUAAAAGGAUGGAGUUGUAAUGCUUUGGGUUUUUUUUUUUUUAGAUUAAUUCCAAUCUUAUGUCUUUGCAUCAAAUAAAAACGUAAGUGCUGGUUGACUGACCACACAAACGGUUCAAAUAGAAUAUUUUCAGUGCUACCUGCAUUAGUAAAUGACACUUCUUACUAAGGUUAGCUUAAUAAAAUUUUAAUUUUUUUUCGGUUUAUUUUUGUGUAAACCUUUCAGGUUUUAUUCAGUUUCAUAUGUUUGCAGGCAUUCCUGUUUAAGAGCUUGCUGUUCUCAUUAGCUGGCUUUGCAAUUUUUUUAAAAUAAAAAAGAAAUUGCCAUUUAAA